AUGUCUUUAUGGAGAUGCAGGCAAUGCAGCUCCCUCAACUUCACAUCUCGAAAACCGUCUUGUCAAAUCUGCCUCGCUCCAUCUUCACCUUUAUUGAAUCCAUCUUUAAUUUCUUCCUCGUCUUCUUUAUACCUCUGCAGCAACACAAACAAUCAACAACAGAGCAGAAACGUUGCUGAAGUUGAUUCUAACUUGGAUUCUUCCGCUUCGUUUUCUUUCUUACCCUCAAAGUGGAAGCCUUGUAGUAAUGAGAUGAAGAAUGGGGACCAAGAUCAGAAUCAAGAUUGUGGUUCUUCUAAUGGGGUUUCACGUGUUAAGAUACAAUUUCAAUAUUGCAAAUUUGUUAUUUCUGAACAAAUGUUUUCUAUGUCGUUCAUCAUUUUCAAUUAUGAACAAGAUGAAGAUGAACCUUGCUAUAUUGAAACGUCAUGCUGCAAUUGUUACCAUACAUGUCACGAGCACUUUACAUUAGUGGCAGAGGACACUAAUUCAGGGAUCAGCAUAGAGGACACUAAUUCAGGGAUCAGCAUAGAGGACACUGAUUCAGGAGCAGUUAAGAGGUCAUUGAAGAUUUUGAGCUAUAAUGUUGGGUUCCGAGAAGACGUGACGAUGCAGAAGAAGAUAGAAGCAAUUGGUGGCCUAAUUCAACAGCAUUCUCCAGAUCUAAUUUGUUUUCAGGAGGUUACUAAUGAUGCAUACAACAUGCUUCGAAAAUCCAGCUGGUGGAAAGUAUAUCGCUGCGCAAUUUCAGGAGAAAAGGUAGAUUCAAGGCAAUUCUUUUGCAUUGAGUUAAGCAAAUUGCAAGUGAAAUCCUUCAACUGCAAAAACUUCAGAAAUUCAACAACGAGGAGAAAACUUUGCAUUGCUGAGUUUAAAGAUGAGGAGGGCAAGCUUUUGGUUGUUGCCACUAACCAUCUUGAGAGACCCUGCCUGCACCGUUCUACACAGAACCAGAUGCUUAGAAGGGAACGAGUGGAUCAGGCAAGGGAGGCUAUCAACCAUCUGGAAAGGAAUCAAAAUGUGAUCCUUUGUGGUGAUUUGAACUGGGAUGACAAACUGGAUGGUCAGUUUCCUUUACCCGAGGGAUGGGUUGAUGCCUGGAAAGAGUUAAGGCCAGGAGAAAAUGGGUGGAUGCAUGAGUUGUCUGUGAAUGACAUAGUGCAGCAGAGGCAAGACCGAUUUAUUUGCAAUUUGCGUGAUUUCAAGAUUAGUAGAAUUGACAUGAUUGGGAUAUUAGAGGCAAUACCCCUCUUGCUUUUAACAAUCAGUAGUGAGUGA